AUAGAUAGUUUGAACAUGUCGAGCAGCAGUAACAAUGAACAAAAUUGGGCUGGGGGUAGUGGUAACAGCGUGUUAUUAAGCAGCGUUAAAGAGAAUAAUCUUAUUUCAGAGUUGGAGGCAGAUUUCAGUAGGAUUGAGACUGUAUUUGACACUCUACUUGCGCAACCCUUGAGCGAGAUUGCAACAAGAUUUCCACCAACAGAGCGUGCAAGGCUAUACUUAUUAUAUGCAUACUGUUGCAAUAAACUUACUUCCUUAUAUUUGGAGGUCAAUGGCGAGCCCGAGGCUAAAGAGGUCCUUGAACAGGAAAAACGUGUUCAAGAGAGUCAUAAUAGAGUUGAACAUACGAUCAAUCCACCACAACCUUCAAUGAUGCUCGACCGUUUUGCUGCUGCGCGCUUCAUUAUGCAUUCCUUACCAAAGGAACCAAAGGAACGUGAGACAAGAGAAGAAGUUCGCGUAACGAGUUCGACUCAUACUCGAUUUGAUGACUAUAGUGAGAGAAGGUUUAGUGGUGGUUCUUCACCUAAUGACAAAAGAGCUAGUGGUUUUUAUAGUAGCGGUUCUUCACCUAGUGAUAGGAGAGCUAGUGGUAGCUUUUAUAAUACCAGUUCCCCAUCUAGUGAUAGAAGAAGCAGUAAUAAUUACAAUAUUGGAUCUCCAUAUAGUGAGAAAGAUUUUCGUAUGAGCACGUCAUCUACGUCAUCUCGUAUAACACAUUAUGAUAGAAGCGAAUCAUAUAUUCGUGAUUAUGAUCGAAAUUAUGACCGAGGUUAUCAUGAUCGCGAUUAUAAUCGCGACGACCGUGACCGCGAUCGUGGAGACGAACGUAAAACCUUUUAA